UUGAGGAUGAAGGGGCAGACUGAAAAAAUAACAACAAUAAUCAUGUUUCUGACUUGAUAUGUUGUGGCAACACGUCAAGUUAUGUCAGGGAGGUAACAGCAUUUUGUAUGUUUGGAGUGACAUAAUAUAGCUUGACUGAUGCAACAUGACUUGAUAUUAGAAAAUACUGGUUCACAGUGGAACUCUGGCAGAGACUUGCUCUCCUCUCCCCUGAGCGGAGGCUGCUGGAGAAGAAGCAUCUGUGCCCGGACUUUUCUUGAUUGCGGAGAUGAUGGUGCUGGACAAGGAGGACGGCGUGCCGAUGCUCUCCGUACAACCCAAAGGGAAGCAGAAGGGCUGCGCCGGCUGCAACCGAAAGAUCAAGGACCGCUACCUGCUGAAGGCUCUGGAUAAGUAUUGGCAUGAAGACUGUCUAAAGUGUGCCUGCUGUGACUGUCGUCUUGGAGAGGUUGGAUCAACUCUGUACACAAAAGCAAAUCUCAUUCUCUGCCGCAGAGAUUACCUGAGGCUCUUUGGUACCACCGGGAAUUGUGCUGCCUGCAGUAAACUGAUCCCUGCCUUUGAGAUGGUGAUGAGGGCCAGAGAUAAUGUUUACCAUUUGGACUGCUUUGCCUGUCAGCUCUGCAACCAGCGAUUCUGUGUGGGAGACAAAUUUUUCCUGAAGAACAACAUGAUCUUGUGUCAGAUGGACUAUGAGGAAGGGCAGCUGAACGGGAGCUUCGAGUCCCAGGUUCAAUAACAGCCCCUGCUUCGCUGGAGCACUGUGGGAUGGGCGCUUGGCCGCACGAGCAGCGAGGGCGUCUGUCAGCUUGCCUGCAAUAUUUUUUUAAUUCUUGGUCCAGAGAGGACUAUAUACAUUGUAGUACUUUUCCCCCCCAACACAAAGCAGUUACAAUUUUAGAUGUACAGUUGUGCCUGCUUAGCUGAGCACUGCAUUGCCUGUAUGUUUGUGAGUUUUUGGGGUCUGGGGGAGGGCUCUGUACAGUCUGUUUUCUGUAUAUAAACUGGAACAUUUAUUUUAUGAAAAAUGUAAUGCAAUUUUAUUACUGGUGUGAAUUAAAAAUUAUGAAUGUUUCCUGGUCAUCUUUGCCGUGGUUUCUUCCCCCUGUGACAAAAGCCUGUAUUUCCUGUGCUUUAGCUGAGCAGAUUGUUGGAAACGUGUACAUCUAUCAGAGCAGAAGAAGGUUCUGUCAUAAUAACUGGGGAAAAUGCUGCUGCAGGGUUGUGGAGACUUCCAUCCAACCACCUGUACAAUGGGGGGUAAUGAGCUGGGGGCAGGUGUGGCUGGGAACCGUCGGCAUCGCUGGCAGGGCUGCUGGGCUGUGCUGGGCUGCUGGCUGAGAGGCUCCUUGUGGAUUCAGACGGAGCACUGCCACGGAAUCCCUGCUGGCUGCCUGAUCCAGUGCCUCCAGUCUGGGCUGCGAGGAACAGGCUCCCUGCAGCCCUGCCAACAGGUGCCUGGGCAUUGAUCAGAAUAUUAAUUUCAAGGCUUUGCUAGGCAGGGGGAUUUUCCCAUGGGGCAUCACUUGUCCAGGUCAGAGCUGCUGCGAGAGCUGAUGUCAGGGCUGGGACGUGAGCAGGCGCUGAUGCAGCAGAUCCCUGCUCCCAGCCCUUUUUGCUUACUCGGUGCCAGGUGCUUUGACCUCCCACAAAAUAAAAGCGAUCAGAUUUGAAGCAUCUCCCUGAGAAAAAAUUCUGAACUCUGUUCCUGCUGCGAUGCUUUGUGCAAUGAUUUUCAAGGUUAUGCAAUUCAUGUGCAACCCACUGGACUGUAUCAAACACAUUUCUUUGUAUAGUGAGUGUCACUUUAAUAUAGUGCACCAGUAGCUGUAAAGGAUGGCUGCAAUUCUAUUUAUUUUGUCUUCUUGCUUUUUCUUAGAUUUACCCUCCUUUCCUUUAAUAAAUAGACACCAAGUA